UAAAUACACGUUCAGGAUCAUCUGCAGGCUUCCAAAAAACACCGACUGUAGGAAUUAUCCAUCUGUCUAGGAGCUUGUCUUGUUACAUUUGUUACAGACAUAUAAGUUGUGCAAUUUAUGAUUAAUUGCAACGUUAACGUCAAGAGAAAACAAAACAAAAAAAACAAAAAAAAAAAAACAUUGGUCCUUGACAACCAAACCUAUGCGGAGAAACGAGUGUACGACAAAACAUUCGAGUUCAGAUUGGCCAGUAAUGUUUUGUAAAGUUUGGAAGCAGUAACAUGUUUUCUGAAGAGAAAGAAAGCUGGGAAAGAAUGUGAGAGUGUAGGAGAGGAGGGGUUGAGGGGCGCUCAAACAGGGCACACAAAAGAAUAAAAAAAAAAAUCACAUUCUUUUGUGGGGACUCACAUUUUGGACUCUAAAGUUGCUCUGACACAUUGCGCAUGGAAUGAUGCUAGGCGGGAGAGAAGGAAGGGAGGAAAAGAGAUCAAGGAGUCAGGCGGAGAAGGAAAAACACAUUUACAGAGCUUGUAAAGCUCACCUCUCACAAGUUGAAGGAAUGGGCAGCUUCCCAGCGGUCCUGCUCCUCUGCGUUUUCCACGCGCUCACAGCUGUAGUCCAAGCCCAGGAGACCGUGCCACCUGGAGAUAUCCCAUUGCCAUCUCACUGCAGGGAGGAGAUGUAUCCUUGCACCAGGAUGUACUCAGUUCACAGACCCAUCAAGACGUGUCUCGGCAGACUUUGUCUCUACAGCCUUCCACGCGUUUAUGUGAUCAACAACGAGAUCUGCGUUCGGACGGUGUGCCAGCAGGACGAAUAUCUGAAAGCUGAACUGUGCAGAGAGUUGUCUGGGUGGCCCAGACGUAUUGCGAGGUCUUCUUCUGGGACGCGCUGCCGCAGCCGUCGCAACAAGCCCAAGACCUGGGCAAACCAGGCCUGAUGCGGCCCAGAUUUCCUCCAUCAGUGAGGAUGGUGCAUCAGGUGGAACAGCAGAACCAUAAAGCCAAUACUCAGCAGGAGCAGAUCUCCUCCUUUUCAGUUAUGUCUUUAUUCAUGUAUCAACCUUUUUAUUGUCUGUGAAUCCUGAUGUAAUGCUCCGCUCACGAGAGUUUUGGGUCUUCCGUGGUUUAUGAUCCAUUGAAGGUACUGUAGUAACGAGUUGUUUUAUGUUAGAAACAAAAAGUAAAACUUCACUGAAAACAUACUUACUGACAGUCCAGUUUUGUGCUCACCAGCUUAAGCAAUAAAAUACAACAAAACUUGA